AUGGGAACUUCUUUUAGUCAAUUAAAUAGUGAUUAUGGAAGUUACAAUCCGUUUUUUGAGAAGAAAGUGAUCGAAGAACAUCGUCCAGAUGGGUACUGGAUUGAAGCUUUUCAAGUAGACAAUCAAACUCUUAUUGGACUGAUAGGAUAUGGAAUUAAAAGUGGAGAGAUAAAGUUUUAUCCAAAUCCAUCCACAACUACAGAACCAGGAAACGGUACUCUUAUUCAAAAGCUAAAUAGUCCUGUAGGCAUGGAUCAAGCUGACAUAUCAGGGGAUGGCAUGAAUGACAUAAUUAUCUGUUUCCAAUAUGGUAAUACUACGUUAGACAGCGAUCCUGAAGGAGGAAAGAUCGUAUGGUUGGAAAAUCCUGGACAGAAUAUCGAUAAAAAACUAUGGAAAAUGCAUUAUGUUGGAAAAUCUCCAACUAUGCAUAGACUUAAAGUUGGUCAUUUUACGCAAAAAGAACGUUGGGAGAUUUUAGGGUUGCCUGUUAUCGGCAAGCCUCAUGAUUUAUUCUCAGCAGUGCCUAUACUAUUAUUUCGACAACCUGAUAACUUAUUCAAUGCUACAGAAUGGCCAUAUGAAAUAAUUAAUCAGCAAUUUUUCCAUAUAAUUCAUGAUACAAAACGAUUUAAUGUUGACGAAUUUGAUAGUCUACUUAUUGCAUCAAGCGAAGGUAUUAAUUGGCUUUAUUUUAAUCAGAAAUUAAACCAAUGGAUAAUAGAGAAUAUUGGAGAUGGUGAACAGAAACAACAACAAAUAGCUUUCUACGGCAGUGGCGGCAUCGAUUUAGGACGAGUUGAAAACGAUUCUUUUGCUUAUAUGCCGGCCAUCGAACCUUUUCAUGGAAGUGUGAUUUCGGUCUACAUCAAAACCAUGAAGAAUUCUUUGAAACAAAAUCAAUGGAAAAGAUAUGUGCUAGAUGUUUUUGGUUAUCCUAAUGAAAAUAGUGAAAGUCCAAGUCAUCAUCUCAUUUGUGCUGAUUUUGACAAAGAUGGAGACGAUGAAUUCUUAGUUGGACUUCGUGGACCAUCUCCGACUAAAGGUGUCUACUUUUAUAAGCCAAUUGAUCUUUCUCGUGGUUUAUUUGCUAAAUGGAAAGUUAGCGAUGACUCAGCUGCCAGAAUUACUGUUGCCGACUUUGACAAUGAUGGUCUUCUUGACUUUGCAACCACUAGCUAUAGUGUCCCCGGUUAUUAUACAGAAGAAAACCCUUCUAUUCACAUCUUUUACAAUCGAUUCGCUCAGAAGAAGCCACAAGCUAAAAAAGAAAUACAAGUUAUGAAACAAAAUGAAGAUCUUUUGUUCAAGGUUUCAAGACCAAGGAAAGCAUUACAAUAUCAAGCAGUACCUUUUAUUACAAUAGAUGGAAUAACUUUAUCACUAGAAAUUGUACCACCUCAUAGCUCACGUUUAGUGGACAAAAAAACUUAUAUCAAAGUUCUUUCUGGAGUUAUAAUGUGGACGGAUUCUUCGAAAAACUCCUAUCAAUCCAUCAACCACUCGCGCACAUUCUUUUGUGAACGAAGAACUGUUGCGCCUCUUGAGAUACACAGUGAUAAUGACCGAAUAACAACUGGAAGUGAAGGUGCUCUUUUGAUUGUAUUCAAAGCACGUGAUGACAUCAAUGGAAUUCAUCGAAUCGAUGAUAUUAAAAAAGUUAUGAUCAAGAACUCAUUACCGGAAUACUAUCCUGAGGAAACUCGUCAACUUGAUUUUCAAUUUGUCCGAUAUGAUCAAUAUGACACGAGGUUACAGUUCAAAGAUCUUGAAUUUUACAAUCUGAAAGGUUUCAGGAUAAACUUUGCUGAUAACGACGAACAUCUUUGCUAUAUGCAACUAUGGGCUGCUGGGCAAGGUGUUAAUGCUGGUGUACACAAUCAUGCGACAGAUUCCUUCUGUGAAAUCCAUGUCUGUAUUAUUAACGGAAGUGGACAAGGCGGUAUGCACUAUCUCAAUAGCUCCAAAGAUGUUUAUGAUCCACUCACUACACCAGAUUCAGCAUUCAAAAAGCUAGCAUUACCAUCGUUUUAUGAACACGGUCCUCUAUGGGAUAUCGAUGCUCAAAACAAACCAGUUUUACGAAAUGAUGGUACUGUAGUUUAUCCUUGGCAUAAAUGGCACUCUGGCAUAGAUAAAUCGGUCAACCAAUCAUUUGAUGUUUGGAUGGUUUUUGAAUUCAAUAGUGAACUGUCAACACUACCUAUCCAAAUGAAUGAAAAUAAACAUUCACUCUAA